AUGAUUCUUAAGGCUACACAAAAUAUAAGCCUGCAUUCAGCAAAUUUGGAAAUAACUGAAGUCAUAUUUACAGGAAAGACUGAUAGUUAUUUAAUAGUGGGUAAAGCACGUAAUAUUUCAUAUAUACACGAACUGCAAAUUGUCGUCUUGGAUUUCUCUGAAGUUCUACGUCCUGGUAAUUAUACUUUGAGCAUAACGUAUACAGGUGUUAUUGCUAAUGAUGGAGGUUUUGUCAAGGUCUCAUAUAUAAAUAAGAUAGGAGAAAAAAAAUGGCUGUUCGUAACAAAUAACUCAGCGAUAGGAAUGCGACGACUCUUUCCAUGUUGGGACGAACCCGGAUUAAAAACUGAAUUUGUCAUUGUUGUAAAUGUUCCUGAAUAUUACAAUGUUUUUUCAAAUUCUUUUCUUUUUACAUCUAUGUCAAAAUCGCCUUUGACGACACACUGUAUCGUAACUUCUGAAAUACCCACGUACCGAAUAGGAAUUGUGAUAUUUGAUAAGCAUGACUAUACUGAUAUUUCUCCCAUACAAAACUUCAAAUUAUGGAGAAGAGAGUUGAUGGAAGUACAAUGGGAUCAAAUUUUGAGAUUAAUUGAAGAUGUCAUACGUACUGUUGAACAUACAUGGCAACUACAGGAAGGAGAUUUAUUAAGAAAUCAAUUUGCGAUCGCAGGUUUGACAGAUGAUGGCGUGGAUAAAUUGGCGUUCAUACUUUACAGCAUAUAUUGUGAAUAUUUUUAUAUAACGAAUCAUUUGUAUGUUGUGUUUAGAGAAGAAGAUAUUAUUUACAAUGAAAAAAUAGAUCCCAUUGCACGCAAAAUAGAGUUAUCACGUAAAAUAGGACGUAAAGUGGUUGGUCAAUUGUUUGGUACCGCGGUUAGUCCAUCAUGGUGGUCUUGCAUGUGGCUGAACGAGGGUAUUGCUACUUUGUUCGGCGUAUAUACAAUCAAUCAGAUUAUGCCUGAGAGUCGAAUGUUGGAUUUAUUCGUAGUCCAGACUCAACAAGAAUCUCUUCGUUUAGAUGAUUCACAAGUUAUGAAUCCUCUUGGUUCAGAAGUUAACA